AUGGACAAUUUCAAUCAUUAUCGCAUCAAGCGCAGAGCGCACAACAUCAGCCGCCAGAGCAGCGAGACAUGGAACGUUUUCCGACACCUCUCUUGGAAGCCCCAGCGCGCCGAGACCUGGAAUGGCGGUCGUCUCGAAGCUCAGGCCGGGGGCAAUGAUGAAGGUGAAGAUCUAACACAUGCAAACACCUCGCCAUACCCGAACAGCGGCAACGUCAGAGACAUCUCGACCUCUGGAACAGGCCAAGGCACCGAGGACGCCGCCGGCAAGCAUCAAAGCGAGGACAGCCACGACAUUCCGCUCAUUGAGCGGAAUACACAGCUGCGAAAUCGCAAGGGCGACCAGGAAGACACGGUCAACCAGACACCCGUCGACGAGGCUGACAACAGCAAAACCACAAAGCAUCAAAAGGAGGGUGGCUUCAUCCGUCAUGUCCAACCCAAGGAGCCCUUUACAGUAGCCAACCAGAUCCAGCGAACGCUGCUCAGCUCGUGGAUCAACCUGCUAAUCGUUGCCGCCCCGGUCGGCAUCGCCAUCAACUAUAUCCCUGCCGUCGACCGCAAAGCCGUCUUCGUCGUCAACUUCCUCGCCAUCGUCCCGCUCGCCGCUAUGCUAGGUUUCGCGACCGAAGAAAUCGCCCUCCGAACCAACGAGACUUUUGGAGGUCUGCUCAACGCCACCUUUGGUAAUGCCGUCGAGCUCAUCGUCGCCAUUCUUGCCCUCGUCGACGGCAAAGUCGCCAUCGUCCAGACCUCGCUCAUUGGCUCCAUCCUCUCCAACUUGCUGCUUGUCAUGGGAUUCUGCUUCUUCUUUGGCGGCCUGGGUCGCCCGGAGCAGAACUUCAACAAGACGGUGGCUCAGACGGCCGCCUCCAUGCUGGCCCUGGCCGCAGCCUCCGUCAUUGUCCCUACCGUCUUCGACGCCGCCGCCAACACGCCCACCGACAAGGUCGCAAAGCUCUCUCGCGGCACUGCCGUCGUCCUGCUCGUCGUCUAUGGCGCCUAUCUCUUCUUCCAGCUCAAGACUCACCAGGAGGUAUUUGCGACACCCAGCGAAAAGGUGGCACGCAAGCCAUUCCGCAGCACCUCCAAGGCGAGUAUCAAGCAGGGCUUGGCUGCCAGUGCUCAGCUUGGCAGUAUCAUGAUUGACACCGACAACGGGCGGCAAAUGGCCAACAUUUCCGAGAACAAGCUGGAGGGGGAGGAGGAAGAGGAGGAAGAGGAACCGCAGCUGCACUUUUGGGUGGCUCUUUUCACUCUUGCCGCCUCUACCGCCAUUAUUGCCCUUUGCGCCGAGUUUAUGGUUGAUUCUAUCGACUCCAUCACCCAGAACGGCGCUCUAUCCGAGGAGUUUGUUGGUCUUAUUCUGCUUCCCAUUGUCGGCAAUGCCGCCGAGCACGUCACUGCUGUCACCGUCGCCGUAAAGGACAAGAUGGACUUGGCAAUUGGUGUUGCUGUCGGCUCCAGUAUGCAAGUCGCCCUGCUCCUCAUCCCUCUGCUGGUUGUUAUUGGCUGGAUCAUGGGCAACGACGAGAUGAACCUGAGUUUCGACACCUUCCAGGUUGCCGUCAUGUUUGUCGCUGUACUACUGGUCAACUACCUCAUUGGCGAUGGCAAGAGCCAUUGGCUGGAGGGCUGGCUAUUGAUUUGUUUGUAUGCAAUCAUUGCAAUCUGCGCAUUCUUUUAUCCUGACCAAGACACCGGAGCUUCGUCGUUUUAAGAAAAGAUUGAAAAAAUCUGUCGCCUUCGUUUUUGCUUUCUAUCUCUAUUUCGUUGAUACCAAUCGCAUUUAUUCGAUUUUUUUUUUCAUCUUUUGCAUACAAAUUAUUUGCCUCGGUUUUUAAUGCCUGUUGGAGAUUUUAUGAAGAAACACAACUUUUUUACGCACGAAAAAGAAAGAAAAGCGAAAAAAACAAUAACAUUUAACAAAAUUUUCAAAAGACUCUUGCCUAUCUAGAACGGACAUGCGCGGUGAUAUAAAAAUUCUGCUUUUCCCGCGGCG